UACAACUGAGUUUUAAUUCCAUGCCAAUACAAAUUUGUGUUUAUAUCACCUGGCAGAGAAGCCCAGGGAUUUGUGGAGAGGUUUGAAGGGGCUUUGGGCAAAGGAAAAGGGAGGAGACUCUAUGCAUUCAAAGUCAUGAUGACCAAGAAAUUAAUCAAAUUCAAUAGAGACUUUGAAAACUUCAAGACAGCCUGCAUUCCCUGGGAAAGUCGGAUAAAAGAAGUGGAAAGUCACUUUGGGUCAUCUGUUGCCUCCUACUUCAUUUUCCUGCGGUGGAUGUAUGGACUAAACCUUGUUCUCUUUGGUUUUAUGUUUGGACUUGUUGUUAUUCCAGAGGUGAGAUGUGAUGCUAAUGUCUUUGUUUAUACACCUUUUAGGAAAUUUACCAUUCAGAAGUUUGUGGUCAGUAAGAUGUUUUUAUGUUUUUGGAAGAUGUCAAUUAUGCUCACCAAGACUGCAUCUGCAUAUUUGAUCUAAAAUACUGUAAAAGUAGUAAUAAUAUUACAAUUUAAAGUGCCCCUAUUAUGGAUUUUUGAAAAUUACCUUUC